GUUCCGCACGUAGUAGUGUGUAGUAGGCCGUGGUUCCGCAUCGAUAAUGUACGCUCUACUUGUCUCACCAAUAUCUCAUUCUGUGUAUAAUGCCACUGCUUUCGUCUGAGGAGUCCUUUUCAAGUACCAACGCUGCAGAUAUCAAAAGGUUAUAUCGCCGGAAUCCAUCAUAUUAUUCACACCCGGUCACGAAGGUCCCUUGGCUGGAUCGGCCUUAUCAAGAUGCGCAAACAAGUUCCAAAGACCCACUACGAAUACGUGGCUUUCUUAAUGCCCAUUUAUAUGCUGCCAAUGCUAUAUGGUGGGAAGGAAGGAAUAUGCAUCUACUGCGUGAUGCUACCUCUUGUUUGGUUCGCAUUCAACUGCAUCCCUCGACCGCUGGUCGCAUUCCUCCACGUCGUCACGCUGCCCGCUUUCAGCAUUAUGGACCCUGAUGUCCUUUCCUCGGCGUUCUUCUCGGUGGAGGUACUGACAGUCGUUGUGUUCCUGUGUGUGAUGAUGGUUGUCUACAGCAGGACAACACUGAUACCACGCGCAAGCUUCUACGUGUGUGGCUUCUUUGGCCUGCAGAUGCGUUACUUUUUUGUGUGUCUCUUCUUCGUUACCUUCGUGUGCACGCAGUUCAUAUCCAACGGGUUGUUAGCCAUGGGGUUGUUGCUUGCGCUGGAGAACGUCCUGCACUGCAUAGAAAAGCAACAGCUGCGCACCCGCAACAUUCCUGAACAGCCAGACGUGUUGGGUCUGCUUGAUGUACAGGACAUGAUAUCUGGAGUUGAAGCCUCACGUAAACGAGACGCGGACGUACUGUUCGAGAAGCUUUCCAGUGCAGUGCAUGAGUUCCGAAGGCGGAGCCUACUACCUCCAAAUAAGCCUGGUAGCCCGAUAGGUGGUGCACCUGAGUUGCCAUCUUCUCCAUCCGAUGUCGAGCGACCUGCCUCUACUAGUACACAAAGCAAACAACAAGCGCCGUCUAGGGAGGCAGGAGCUACAUCAACUCCACUCAGUGACUGUGUGUCUCAGACUGGCGGCCCACCACGUGGUCUGUCUUCUCCUGAUGCACCAGGAAGUGGCAGUGCAACUGCUGGCACACCUUUAGACUCUGACACCAAGAAGCACAAUAAGAGAAAGGAGAAGACUGGUACGAGUACUCCACCGACUGCCGUCUCCUAUUCAAAGCUGCAAGUAUCCAGAGGAGUAUCACUCGAAAACGAAAACAAAAAGCGCAGAAGAGAGGCAACUAGACAAUACUACGAAGCCUCUUCUCCUAGCUCAAGACGUGCCUCCAGGGCCUCCAUAUCAAGAGGGAGGAGACGUUCCGUUCUCUUCGCUCAAAAGCCUCUUCACUCUGAACGGCAGAGCGAACCCCAAGACAAGGAAUAUAAAGCAGAGCAAGCGUACAAGAAUUGCCGUUUUUCGGAGAUCGCACUAGUUGCCGACCAUAAGGUCUCUGUUGAGGAGAGCGAGAAGCGCGUGAGCCCAAAGCCAGGUAAAGACGGAAAUGAACCGAAAGCCAAGAAGAGGAAAUUGGAAGCAGCUAAGAAGGUGCAAGGAUCACUGCGGCGACCAUCUAUUCUUAUAACUCGCGCAACAAGCACAGCUUUACCAGACCAUCUACCUGAAGAGCUUGAGGUGGUGGACGUUGGCAACAUCUCUUGUCACAUCUCUGGCGACUCUAGACGUAAGCACCGUGCUCUAGAGGGAUUCAAGAAGCAUAUCAAGGAGUCGUGGGGAGGUGGCAAGCGUUUCUCUGCAGGGCACAUCGCUUUUAAAGACGGGAAAGCAGCACUGAGAUCGCCCCCUCCGUUUGCAUCCGCACUUGGAGAACUAGCCAUGCUACCACCUUUACAGGAAGACGAACAGCUCAGAAGACUCAGGAAACAAGAGUCCCGAAGGACUGUCUUUCUAGUUACAUCAACGCUUGUCACGGUCACUGGCAGCUUAGCAAGUCUGUGGACCAUUCCAGCACGAGACGCUUUGCAUAAACAUUUUCCAAGGGAUGGAAUCACAAUAUUCACGUGGAUGGCAGUGGCUUUUCCCACUUCCUUUCUCGCCUCACUGGCCUGCUGCAUUCCACUAUUCCUUAUACACCUCAGGGAAAGUGAUGUUCCCGAUGAAGAUGAAGACCAGCGCGAGGUCUGCACAAUAGCUAUUACUAAGCUGAACAACCUGGGUCCCUACAGGAUUUGGGAUUUGAUUUUUGUUCUCAUCGUUGCAUUCUACGUCUUCUCUGUGUUGCCUACAUACUCCAGCAGCUACCACCCGAGGAUCGUUACGCUGGUCUACCUAUGCUUUCUGAUGAUCGCCUGUGCCGUGGUCCCUCCGGACGUGAAGCAGCCACUUGCUCAGAGCAGACAUCUCCAUUGGCGCAACUUUAUCCAUAACCUUCCGUGGGAAGUGAUCUUAAUCUACGGCAGCAUGCAGGUCUCUAGCAAGGCCGUUGAGGCAACCCGCUUGCUACCUGCCCUAUUUGAAAGCAUGGGAAACAAUUUUUGGCUGUUGAACUCUCCCCUCAGCAAUCAGAUAGCUCUUGCUGUGUUCGGUUGUGUCCUGGCCGAGAUCAUGAACAAUGCCGUGCUUUGCCACCUUGUGGUUCCUAUUGUACUUGAACUCGCAUAUCAAACCAAGACUGCCCCCUUGACUUACGCAAUUCCUGCUGUAGUGGCGUCUUCUUCCAACAUCAUCCUUCCCAUUUCGCUGCCUCUGGUGCUUAUGCAUCAGACGCUGCAUGUGGACAUGUUACACCUGCUCAUGAUCGGUUUUAUGGCUAAAGUCAUAAUCGUGGUCACCAUCAUAACAUCAGUGAACACCACUGGCAAGUUCUUCUUUGGCAUUUCUGCACGCAACACCAGCACGUCUGCACAGCCCACAAUGCUGGCUCUCCGUGGGGCCGGCCAUCUUACUAUAUCAUGAAUAGCUGUAGUGAUCUCGUAUAAUUUUAUUACACGACAUUCAAAGCAAACUUUAUGGUUGUAUAAACAGUAGUUGAAUAGGCAAGCCACACAGCAGGUCAUAUGCAACAAUGUUACUAAAAAUAAAUAUGUAACUUCAACGCUUUUAAGAGAGUUUGUAUCCCAUUGUAGUCUGUAACUGUGUGUGAUUGUACAUGGCACUGCAGCGUCAGUGUUUGUGAUCUUUGUUGCGGU